CAAUAGGUAUGCAGCGGUGGAAGCUUUGAGGGGUGAUAUGGGGUGGAGUACCUUUAGGGAAAGAUUUAGGAAGGCUACCCUUAGAUACAAAGUCAGAUUUGAACGAAUGGAUGACGCGAGACUGGCACGGAAGGUUUACUUGUGGAGUGUGCCUGAGAGCAAAUGGAUUAAAAACUGCAUGAGAAUGGUUGGUGACAGUGGUAUGCGAGUCAGGUGGGUGAGCAGAGAGGAAGGGAGGCGUUUCUUUGAAUGGAAGGUGACUGACAGGAAUAGUGAGGGUCUAGAAUGGGAUGUGAGAAAGUGGAAGAGAGAGAUAGACAGUGCAGUGAAAGGUGACAGUCUGAGGAGGUGGAAGCAUGCGAUGGGGCGAAAGACUACUUUGGAGUGGUACAAGGAAAAGGAAGCCCCACAGUGUGUCAGCUGGUAUGAUGGAAGCUUGGGUGCUGAAGUGGUAGCGUACUGGGCCCACAUUCACCGCGCGAUGGACGACGCGGGUUCGAAUCCCCACGCUACCACUCGGAUUUUUCAGUCACCGCCGAGUGGCUUAAAACUACCCACAUGCUGUCCUGAAGACCACCCAUCAACCCGGACUCUAGAGGAAGCCGUCCAAGCAAAUCAAGAACGAGUUCCGGGGGGCAGCAUGAGCCAAUGCAAGAUGGCGCCACUAUAAACACUCGCCUGCGCCAGAACGGGCUGGGCCGACCAUCAGGCCCCACCUGGAAGAAGCCUUGGGCCGACCAUCAGGCUCCACCAGGAAGAUGCCUACCGGCGCAAGAGGCAGCGACGUAAAAAAAAAAAAAAAAAAAAAAAAAAUCGAGCGCAGUUUAUGAAUGUAAGAAAUUACAGGUGGUCCGAGUCCUGCAGCAAUUAAAGUGUCAGAUGUGUGACAGGGGUGUGGAUGAAGCUGUCGUGCAUGUGAUACUGGUGUGUGGGAGGUACCGGAGAAAAGGGACGGAGAUGAUGAAGGUGGCACUGAGUGAGAUGGACUGGGAUGUGAAUGGGAGGAUUGCAAGAACAGAGAGGGAAUGGAUGCUGCUGCUGCUGGGACUGAGUGCUGAAGCAAAUGAUAGAAUUAUAGAAGCCAUGGAGACUUUUCUGGAAAAGAUGUGGUGUGCAAGAAAUAGGGAAUUGGAAGAUUUGUAAUGGAUACUGCUUGUUUUGUUUUUAUUUUUUACAGGUUGUGCCGAUGCGAAGGCCGGACUCUCCAACGGGUCACUUGUACAGCAAGAGCAAGAGCUCCGUGACGUCACCAUAACAACACCUGCAGAGGCUGCUGAUGCAAUGGCGUGUUAGCAGAGCGUUCCCUCACCUGGCUAUGGCACGGCUGCUGGGCCUGGAGGCAGUGUGGUGACGGAGCAGCGAGCAAGGCAAUGAUCAUGAAGACUGGCGCGAGGCCCUUGAUGGCGGUGGUAGCGGGGUUAGUUUUGUGGUCCUGCCCCCCAACCACCGCCACGAGACACAGGGACGCUAAUAUUAAGGACAAGAUCACGUCAACUGAACUACUAGCAGAGAGUGAGGAAGGCACUCUGCUGGUGUCCACUCUUGAUGGCGUGCUCCAUGCCAUCACCAAGUCCACGGGAGCCAUCAAGUGGACCCUCAAUGACGAUCCAAUAAUCAUCAACCCAACAGAUUCUUCACAACCGCCAAUACCCCAGUUCUUCCCAAAUCCCCAAGAUGGUUCCCUCUACCGCUACACCAUGAGUCGGGGACGUGACCCUCUCAAGAAGCUGCCUUUCACCAUUCCUCAGCUUGUGGCAAACUCUCCCUGUCGCUCCAGUGAUGGCAUAUUCUACUUAGGUAAGAAGGUUGACUCUUGGGUUGGCAUUGACCCCGUGACUGGAGAGAAGCAGCUGGUCCUUGGUGUGGAUGGUGUGAACCGCAAUUGUCCCAAGCCUUCUCGCAACACGGUUUACUUUGGCCGCACUCUGUACAACAUCAUACUAUAUGAGGCAGCAACUCAGAACAAGUGGAACAUCAGCUUCUCUGAAUAUGCUACCAGUUCCUCAUCCACUAUAGAAAACUAUGACUUGGUGCACUACACUUCUACGGGUGAAGGCUCCAUCCUCACCGUGGAUCAGCGCACCGGCUCCCUGCUGUGGACCCUGGAGCUGCCCUCCCCCCUGGUGGCCAUGUACCUGCUGGGGCCUGAUGGUGGACUGCUCAGUGUUCCCUUGACCACAGUGGCUCCACAGACACUGGAACACUUCACUCGGGAGUUCAUGCACCUCACUCACCACAGCUCGGAUGGCUCAGAGGGCCUGCUCAUCAAAAAGUUAAGCCCCACCAUCUACAUAGGUGAGUGCAGCUCAGGCCUGUAUGCUGUACCAGCUCUGGUGGACACCAACACGGCCACAAUUUUCCACCGAGGGUCACAGUUGCUGCUGGGGGGCCCUCCAGGUUCUCGAGGAACCAUCAAGUCAUCACAUUCCCAAGCUGCCAGUGAUGCAGAGAAAGAAAAGGAGCCUGAAGUUCUCCUGUUGGGUUACUAUGAAAUACCAGAGAGUGCACAGACGGAGCUGCUCAAGGCCAAAACGGGGGAGGUGACUGAGGGGAAUGAGGAGGUGGUGCGUCUGGGCAUCACUCACGCCAAGAACAACAGUCGGGCCUUGGAGGGGGAGGGACGGGGCACCAGCAGGGACCAGCAGGACCUUGUGGCUGUUGUCUGGGAUGGAAUGGAGCAAAUCAAGAUGAUGAACAUGAGUUUUGUGACCUCUCAGAACAUGUUUGUGUGGCUGGGGACCAUUGGGCGGCUGGUGUGUGUCUGGCUGCUGGACAACUACAUGAACUUACUUGUGGUCACUCUUGCUUUUGGAUUUUUAGCUAUUUUAAUUAUUUUGUAUAAGCAGGCGAAAGAAUAUGCACGGCUCAGUCGAGAAGUGUCCUCACGGCGGCAGGGCUCCCAGGGCUCAACUGGUUCAGGCUCAUCAAGCAGCGUCACAGCUGUGGCGGAGGAGCUGAAUGACGGCACCAUUAGUGUGGGAAAGAUCAUUUUUAAUCCACAAAAGCUGCUUGGAAAGGGCUGUGAUGGCACCUUUGUUUUCAGAGGCAGUUUUGAUGGCCGGUCAGUGGCAGUAAAGCGAGUGCUCCCGGACUGCUUCUCUAUUGCUGACCGAGAAGUUGACCUGCUGCGGGAGAGUGACCAGCACCCCAACGUCAUCAGAUACUUCUGUACAGAGCAGUGUCGUCAGUUUCGUUAUAUUGCCCUGGAGCUGUGCGGCGCCACUCUAGAGGACUUCAUACGGGGAAAAUUCAAGGCAGACAUCAGUAUCCUGAGCAUCCUUCAUCAGGCCACCUCAGGGCUUCAUCAUCUCCAUCAGCUGGAUAUUGUUCACCGUGACAUCAAGCCUCACAAUGUGCUUCUUUCACUGCCAAACAACAAGGGACAAGUCAGGGCAAUGUUGUCUGACUUUGGGUUGUGUAAAAGGCUGGAGACAGGCCACAUGUCCUUCUCCAGGAGGUCUGGGGUGACCGGCACGGAGGGGUGGAUUGCCCCAGAGAUGAUGCUCAACACUUCUCGUCCAACAUUCAAGGUAGACAUAUUUUCUCUUGGUUGUGUGUACUACUACAUGCUCACACAAGGAAAGCACCCAUUUGGUUCUGUCCUCGACCGGCAAUCAAAUAUCAUAUCUGGAAAAUUCAAACUGGAUGAGUUUGACAAAGAAAAGGAUGUGAAUUGCAUCACCCUGAUUGAGAGGAUGGUGAGCAGCAAGCCGUCGGAGCGGCCCUCAACAUCUGCCAUACUCAAGCACCCCUUCUACUGGAACCCAGAGAAGGUUCUUGGGUUCUUCCAGGAUGUGAGUGACCGUAUUGAGAAGGAGAACGGAGACACCAUGGUUAUGAUGAGUCUGGAGUGGGGAGGAGCGCAGGUGGUGCAGGAAGACUGGCGGCAGCACAUGCACCCCGUCAUUGCUGAAGACCUGCGCAGGUUCAGGGACUACAAAGGACGCUCCGUGAGGGACCUCCUGCGAGCACUCAGGAACAAGCGGAACCACUACCGGGAGCUGAAGGAAGAGGCACGAAUGGUGUUUGGCUCCAUCCCAGACGAGUUUGUGGCCUAUUGGACCUUGAGGUUUCCCAGGUUGCUGCUACACACCUGGUGUGCCAUGCAGUGUGUGAAGACGGAGGUCAUAUUCCAGAAGUACUAUGACAAGAACUUCAACUUUGGUCCGGUGGAUGAGAUAGAAUCAGAUCAUGGUGAAGAAUCAGUUGCAAAAGACAUAAUUCCUGAGGCUCGUCAGUGUGCUCCAACCAGCACUCCCUGGCAGCUGAGUGGCAACAGCCGAGUAGGGUCUACCUCCUCGGAGAGUCCAUACCAGCGAGGAGCAAACAAAACCUGCAAGGAGAAACAGGAAGUAAAUCCUGUUUGGAUUAUUCGUAAAUCACCCAUAACUUCUGAACCCAAAUAUCGAAUACCAAUGCUAAGGAACAUGGAUGCUCCUUGGAGGAGACCAUUUGUGGAAUCAAGCACAAAAGAAGUGAAUCAGCAUGAGACCGAAAAUGAUCCCCUACAGGGACAAGAAGCAGACAUUUUAGGAAAAGAAUUUAAGCUAGAAAAUGCACUAGAUAUUGAGGAGUCCUCAAUAUCACUAGUUAGUGAGGCUCCAGAAGCAGAAGCCUCUGUAGACCCAGAGAAGGUGAACCAAGAGUCCUCUCAACCACCUUGUGAUGUGCAGGAUCAAGGCGAGACGAAAUUCACUCAUCCCUCCGAGGGUUCUGAAGGUGUAGAUAAAGAAGGUCCAGAAGAGCAGCCUGAGAAUGGCAGGGAGGCAUCCCGUCUGUGUAUCAGGGAGUCAUCAAACGCCCAAGACAAGUCAUCUAGUAAGCCAGACAGUGUUGUAAAGACCGGAAAAGUCGCAGGGAAGAAGAAAAAAUCUAAGAAAUUACCUCUUGAGGAGACAAACAAAUAGGGAGAUUUACUUACAUUUGAGACCUGUGACACAACUUUUAUCUUCAGUUAAACUUAAACAGAUCUAAUCACUAGAUCUUUGUGACAAAGAGGUGGAGCUCACACAAGAUUGAGAUUUGAAAGUCUUGAUAAAAUUGAAAGAAUAUGCACCACAGUUCUCUGUCUGAGUCAGCAGUUUUAUUUAUCAAUGGGCUCCACUGUGACCACAGUAGUUUUAGCUACUGAAUGUUAGUUUAUUGUGAAUGAUUCUCUUUGGUUCUAUAUUUUCACUCACUUUUCCAAAUACAUUAGAUGACUAUUCAAAAAAACAUUUGUAGUUGAUGCAGUUGUUUACUUUUCUCAUUAAGUAAAGGUACAUGUGUUCUCAGCCCAAAGGUAUAUGUGUUCUCAGCCCAAUGUUGCCAACCAUAUACAGCUUGUACAUCAAGCAUGUUUUAUUGCUGUAGUGGUGGUGCUGUAGAUGGUGGUGCAGUGCAGUUACAGAAAAAAAACUUUUGGUGUCUUGAAAUGUGAUAUUAGACUAUGGGAUUGCUAUAGACUUGUGUGCAAAGGUGAAACAGCAUAAUCAGAGUACUAUCAAGGGGUUGCAUGGUCCUCUUAAGAGAUGUAAAUCUGCUGUUUCCUUGUCUCAGCAGAGGGGAGGACUCUGCCACUCUGUCAGGUUUUAUGUUCAUAUUGACAUGAAAGUGUAAUUGUCCGUAUAUUACAAUACUUUCAUUACUUUUAGUAAAAGUUAAUUGGGGUAUUGCCUCUGUUAUGAUAAUACUACAUCAAGUGCUUUCCUUAAGCCCAUGUUUAUAUAAGUUUAUUCUGAUAGAAAAAUGAAGUCUCAUAGACUUUCAUUUGAAUUCUUAUUUUUAAUUAUUUGCUGUAAUAAUGACAUGCUUAUUAUAUAACGGGAAAAAAACUGUUCUGCUUACUGCUUAUAUAAUGUCUGUUGAAGUUUAGUACAAAAAGAACCUAGUCUGCUGUUUCCCCUCAAGAAGAUCUAUUUUAUUGAGAGUCAAGGUGUCUGUGGUGGCAGUGUUGUGUCAAGGUUACUUUGUCGUCAAGUUUGUAACGUGUGAGGUUUGCUGCAUGACAACAAGCUUUUAUUUUAUUUUAGCUUUCAACUUGGUUAGUUUUUUGUUAUUUUGCACUUUUUUGAAACAUCAGCAGAAAUAUGAAUUUGGUUUAUAAUUUUGGAUUUAUAAAUCAACAACUUGCACCUCAUAACUUUGCAAUCACCAAAGGAGUUUGUCCAUAAUUAGUUCUACAAUUUUUUUUCAUUUGAUUAAUUGUAGUUUUAUGUUUUUGGAGUAGCUUUUUUAGGGCUGCACAUGAAUGUUUGAAGCGUUAUACAGGCAAUAUCUUGGCCAGACUACAAAUAAGAAUAUAUUCUUUGGAAAUGUUUGUGAAAUGCAUGUCGUGUUUACAAUGAAAGACGUUACACAUUAAUAGGAUGUCAGACCAUUUUGCCUUGAGAGGUUAGUGAUGAUAGUUGUGUUAGUGAUGUCAGAGUGUUGAGGCAAUGGCUGGCUGCAACACACUACACUGCCUACUUGGUCUCUUGACCUGCAAAAAAAAAUUUAACUGUUGACAUAAUUUCCUAUCACCAGUUUUCAAGUUCUUGUGAUGGUAUAUUAUAUGGUUUGUGUUAAUAUAUUUGCACUAUUUAUAUUGUAUGUGUUAGGUACUGCUAUAGAUACAAGAAAAGAGGAAGGACAGAUUUUAAAUAUAUAUAUGCAUAUUAUAUCACGAGUCAUUUACAUGUGAAAAUAUAUUUAUUUUUAUAAUGAAUACAUGUACAUACGUAUUUAGAUGUGAAAUACAUGAUCUCCCAAGUCAUUGUGUGCUCAAAACAAAUCUGUUUUGAUAUUAUGGAUUGUGGAUUUAUUUUGGAGAGAUCCUCCAAACAGAAUAAUUGUUCAUAUUGGGAGCAAUAGGUGUUAUAUGUAUACCUGAAUUUAUGAAGACACUGGAAAUUAUGACAAAGGGUUACAGGUGUUUUUAAUGAAUCAUAGGUUUUAAUAUAUUAUACUAUGACAAAAUAUUAGAGGUAUUUUAGGUUGUCAUAGGUUUUAAUACAUGCUGUUUAAUAGCUAUGAAGUUUUUAGAUGACAAUGUUCCUGAUGCUUUGACACACAAUUUUUCAAGUAUAUAUAUUUUCAUUGUUCCACACAUUCCUGUAUUAGGUGCCACGUUUGCAUAGAGUGAAACAAGGCUUGUAUGUGGUAUAUUGUUUAAUUCUUUUUUCAUGCCCAAGUAGGAAUUUUAGCACUGCAUAUAUCCAAGAUAUUUCUCAGAAUUUAUGUUCAGUAUUUAAAGGUUCUUUUCUAAUAAUACUUCUUUAUAUAUUCUAUUUAUACACUUCAGAUAAGAUUCUUAGUAAGUCUCAAGUCUACGGAAUGAUUAAUAAAAAUAGUGAUACUUUUUUUUUCUAUUUUUUUAAGUUUAAUCCUUUUCAUUCUGUUACAUAAUAUUUUCUGUGACAAAUAUUUGAUGUGUAUAGAACAGUUUUUCCACUUAAGUGUAUAGUAACAAGUUUAACCUUUGUCCUUUAGUUGGUAGGAUCAUUUGAACGCAAAGAAGUACUUUACAAAAUUACUUUUAAGGGAAAGCUCAUUCAUUGAUAUAUAUAUAUAUAUAUAUAUAUAUAUAUAUAUAUAUAUAUAUAUAUAUAUAUAUAUAUAUAUAUAUAUAUAUAUAUAUAGAUAUAUAGAUAUAUAUAUAUAUAUAUAUAUACAUACACAUACAUAUAUAUACAUACACAUACAUAUAUAUACAUACACAUACAUAUAUGUAUUUAUUUAUUUAUUUAUUUGUUACACUCAGGAUGUGGAUCUUGCUGUGUGUGUAGUGUAAACACCGACCACAACCAAACUUGUAUUUCCAGUCAGUGUCAGUGUGUUCUGUGAUCAAAGUACACAAAGGUGCUUCUCAUUUUACUUAAAUUCAAAUUACAUGUUUAAGGAAAAUGCAAUUAAAAAAAUCCAGGUAAUCUUUUCUUUGUGUAUUUUGCUCAUACCAAUGUGAACCAAACACCUUGCCUUACUAGGUGUUCUUAUGGGAAAAAAAACUUUAAAUUAUGCAAAAUUUACAUUGUAACCUUUCUAGAAACUUAACUUUUAUGUAAAAUGAAAGCUGCCUGUACCGUAAUAUGAGGUGCCUUUUGAGACCAUCCAUUCAAAUCUGGUUUGUAGAUUUCCCAUGGCCAGGAAACAGUAGCCAUUGUGAAGUCCAGGGAUGUUGUUGCAUUGUUCAUGACCUGUUGUCGUUUAGUGUGAUGCAACUAGGAUGAGCCACGCCUGAAAUGUUUGUGACAUAUCUUGGUUGCUAUAACCAUACCACUACAGGGAUUGAAAUACUUUUGAUGUAUUUUGUAUUGAUGAAUAUUCUCAAUUUUAUGCAUGUUUGUGAUGGCGUCAUUAAUUUUAUGCUUUAGGAAUUUAUAAUGUUUUGGCAAAGAAACUUAGCUUUACAUAAACACAUGGCUCUCUACUUACCAUCAAAGGAAUGCGCACAGUGUAGUAUGCUUGAGGGGAGGUUUGUAAAUGGUAAGGAGCCUUUGAUCCACAUGGUGUUAUAAUUACUCUAAUGUCAAGAACAAUCAUAUUUAUAAGCAAAAGCACUGAGCAACAGUAAAUAAUGUUGGAAGUAUGUCGUACUACAUAUAAUCCAUCAUUUGGGGGUUUGUUUGACCAUUCAUAUACACACCCUUUCUAUUACACAUCAGAAAGAUAUCCUCUGAAAUAUUAAGGGGAAGUCUAAAAAUGAAAUGUCAACAUAUAGAAAUCUUCAGACUUAUUUUGACCAGGGUACAGUUAAUCUUUUAUUAUUUAGCUCAGUUUUCAUCAGUAAUUUCCCCCUCUGAUAAAUACUAAUGGAAACUAUGAAUAUAAAAUGGAAAGCAGGCCUUCAAAAAAGUUUUAUAUUUGGUAUUUUUAAGUUUUCGUGUUCUGUACGUUUUACUUUGUAUGUUGCACCGUUUUCACUGUUCCAAAAAAUAAUGAUGAUACAUUCAUGA